UAUUUCUAAUAGUAAACUUAAAGCUAUUUUAGCUACAAUAAUUUCAACUAAACGAUCUAAGCUUAAGCAAGAUCACAAAUUUAUUUAUAUAAUUUAUUAUUUAUUGCAGUCCUUGCCAUGUCAUAAAGACACCGUAACGACGCAACGGAAAGAAUAAAAUCAGAUAAUGAUUUUAUUGAGUAUUCUUAAUGCUAGGAAUAUUUUGCUUCAAAGCAUCCUGAAGAAAUUGUCAAAGACGUAAGAGGUAUCUUGAAAAAGCCGAUCUUAAAUAGAACAUAAGAAGAUAUUCAUUUCUUAUAUUUUUACUUCCAAAAGUUAGAAUUUUUUAAUGAAAUUCUUGAAACAUAUGAUAAAUGGACUGUUUUAUCAUGCUUGAAACUGCUUAGUUUAGUUUCAUUUAUGCCUAACUAAAUUAUUUUUUAAAGAGACGAAAUACCUAAACAUUUUUGGGUUUUAUUGAGCGGAGAUGCUGUGGUUACAGAUAAAUCUAGUUUAAUAGAUAGAGAAAGAGUGUUUAAAGUUGGAGAAUCAGCGGGUAACUUUGAAGAUCAAAUGAUGUAGUUUACUCUUAAGGCUGUACUUAAAUGUGAAUUUGCUGUCUUAAAAAAAGACUAAUAUGAAUUCAUAGUUUAAAAAAGGGAUGAAAAUGAAUUUAAGAGAGUUCUUAAACUACUGAAAAAUACUGCUAUGUUUGAAGAUUUUUAAAUAGUUAUUUUAAAAAAAAAUAUAAAUUGCUUUGAAAAAAAGAUUUAUAAUUAUAAUAGUAUUGUUUAUGAUGAAAACUAGCCAAUUGAUGGGAUUUAUAUUAUAGAUAGUGGCUAGUUCAGUGUGAUGAAAAGCAAGAUCAUUGAUAAAAAUAAGCAAGGAAAAGAUUAAGAAUUAGCUAGCAAUAAAGUAUUUGUUAGGGUUAGUAUUUUGUAACAAUAGAGCUAAGUCUUUGGUUAGGAAGAAAUAUUUAGAGCCAAGUAAACUAGGAAAAAUAGAGUAAUAUGCUCUUAAAAUAAUUCUAAGGCUUUUUUUUUAAGCUUUGAGAAUUACAUGAAUAUCUUUAAAUCAACAUCAGAUAAAACUAUUGACAAUCUCAUCAAGAAAGAAAAGUUUAGUUAAUAGAUGAGAGAUGGUAUUAUUUAGAGGAGAUCAAAUCUUGACUAAUAAUAUAAAAAUUUUCUUUACUAAUCGUCUCUAGCUGCUUCAUCGUAAAAUCAAUCAACUGGAUUAAAGCACUAUGAUUCUCAAUCUAUUGCAGAAUUAUAAUAACUUUAAGUUCCUUCCACAAAAAAGGCAUAUUAUUUACCAUCAAUUAAUCAAUUUCCAGAAAAGAGAAGUCCUAGUAUUAGCCCAGAAAAAAAUGAGCUUUUAUAAGAGUACGUCCUUAAUCUGAAAGACUCUUAAAAAAUGAAUAAAAAUGAUAAAUAAUAAUAAUAUACUGAAUCAACAAAUAAAAAGUUGAACUUUAAUAGCUAACAUAUAAAAGUUUAAAAUUAAAGCAAUAUUCCUCAGAAUUUAUAAUAGUCCAACAAUAAUAAUUCUCCAAAAGAAAUUAUUAACAAUUAAUCUAAGCUUACAAAAAAGGAAGAUUAAGUUCAAGUAAAUAGCAAUAAUAGCAAUUUUAAAAUAUUAGAAAACGAAUAAAUCGAUAAGCAAUCUACAAACAAAUAAAUAUUUCUGAAGCAGCAAUAAAAUAUAAGUGGGAAGACUGAUAAUAAAUAGUAAAACUAAGAAGAAAGUAAUUGCUUUUUUAUAGAGGAAAAUGAAAUUCUGGAAAUUUAUCAAAAAUAAAAAAUGGAAAAUAUUCAGCAAAUAUUAGAAAAAAAUAAAUAUCUCUGUUAAAAUGCUAACUUUUUAAAAGAUGAAGAUGUUUUUUAAGAGCUUUAAAGAAAUAAAUCUAAUAAUUAUACAUUAAACACAAUUUUCAAUAGAAAUCGCUCAAUUAGCUCUAAAAGACAAUCUAUUUUUGAUAAGAAUGAAGGAAAAACUCCUUAGUCUGCCAGUAAUAGAAAAAAGAAUUUAUACGAUGUUGAUUCUGAGGGCAUAGAUAAGCAGUAUAUUUAACGAUCAUCUAAAAUUUAAAAAAUUCCGCUGUCUUCUUUCAGGCUUAAAGAUUCAAGUAACAGUACUAAUAAUAGUGCAAUUAUAGAAACUAAAAGAUAAGAAUAAGAAGAAGAUAGUCCUCUACUUUAACAGAAAUCCUUUUUACUAACACUACCAAACAUAGAACAACAAAAUUCAAUUAUAAAUAAAGAUUAAAAUAUCUAAAUUUAAAUUGAUAAUUAAGAAGAACCAAAAAUAAAUGAUUUUAUUAACUAAGAAUAAUCACAGAAUAAAAGUAAAACCACAAAUCAAGAUAGAAGAAGAAGCUUGAGAUAGUAACUAGCCUAAGACCAAAUAAUAAAGAGAUAAUAAAACCAAAGUUUUCAUAAUAUUUAUGACUCCUCUGAAAACAGAAACAAUCAUCUUAGUUAUAAAUAGUAACUCUCCAGAUUAAACAAAAGUGAAGAAGUUAUACUUAACUAGCCAAAUAUUAAUUAAAUAAAAGAAUAAACAAAACAAAAUUUACUUAAAAACUUUGGUUUAGUUGAUUAAAGAUAUGCAUUAGCAUAAUUUAAAGAUCCAAAUUACGUGGGUAAAGCUAGCAGAUAAGUUAGCAUAACUUAAAUUUAUGAAGAUGUCUCACCUGAAAAAAUUAAAAACUUAAAUAUAGACUCUUUAGAGUUCUAGUUGUCUAAUUAGAGUGAGUUAAUGAGAUAAGCUGAACAUGAAAUUUAAUAUGCCAUUAAUGGGCCUAAAGUCAAAUUAGUUGAAAAUUAUAUUCAUAAAUACAUUAAAAGAAGCAAUAAAAGAAAAAUAAAAGAAGGCUAUGAAAUACCUAACUUGCUAGAGACACUCAAAAAAGAUAGUUCUAUUGUUAUGAGCAACUCUGUAGAAAUUCUCAACGAAUAAAUUUCUAAUACAAUAGCUAAUUCUAAUGUUAAUUUUCCAGAUUAGAUAAUUCUGCCAUAACUAAAUUAUAACAAUUCAAAUUUUAAGUAACUUAUGCUAGUAGUGUAACCUCAAAAUUCCAUCAAUAAGCAAUUCUUAAGAAAAAGCAGAAAAAAAAUAAAAGAAAAGCUACAAAAAGCAAUAGAAGAUAAGAUAUUGGAGGAUCCUUAUUUAAUAAAAAAAUCAGCUUCACCUGCAUAAAACAAUUAAAAAAAUAGUAACAAUAAUAGAUCUAAAAUUCAAAUAUUGUAAAAUCCUUUAAAUUCACCUAAAAGUGUAAAAACAACAGCUAAAUUGCAUAAAGUAAUUCUAGGAAUUGACAAUUUUGACAUUUUGAAAGAUUGA